AUGUUUUGGCGAUUCGGCUUUUCGUCGGUCUCGACGCUCGAGACGCUGCUCGACAAGCCCAACGUCACGCUCGAGGACGUCCUCGACGAGGAUGACUUGCUCCAGGAGUGCAAGUCCCAAAAUCAGAAGCUCAUCAACUUCCUGAGACAGCCGCGCAUCGUCAAGAGGCUGCUAGAGCAUGUCGUCGGCACCGCCACCGUCGGCGGCACGGGCGGCAAGGAGUGGGAGGAAAAGGUCAAGUUCAAGUAUCCUUACGUCGCUUCCGAGGUUCUCAGCUGCAGCGAGAUCUGGCCCAUCAUCGACGCCAUCUUUUCCGAUCCCAACCAGUACCUAGUCCCCUUCUGGAAUGCCGUGCUCACAUCGAGUCCAUCGCCUUCGCAGGCGCCCUUGCCUAUGCACUCGCAUCCCCUCUUUGCCGAAAACGCAGCCUCAUCUUCGCACGGCUCGGCAAGCUCCUCGGCCUCCACCUCGCCCUUGCCGCAUCUCAGCGUCACCAACUUUGCCGACUACUCGAAUGCGGCAUCCGGAAACGGCGCCAGCUCUCGAUCCUCCUCCGACUCGGAGUCCGAGCCCGAGGGCAGGUUGCGCGCCACCAGCGCGCUCGAAAACGGUCCGGGCCGAGGCGUGCUCGCCGGCUACUGGGCCAAGGUCAACGGCGCUUACCUGGAGCGCAAGCCCAUCGAGAUGCUCGAGUUCAUCAAGGAGCAACCCCGCAUCGUCGAGCGCUUUGUGGCUCAUCUCGAGACGCCCGCUGUCGUCGAUCUGCUCUUCCGGAUCAUCCAGAUGGAGGAGACGGUGCGCACUGCUGGACAGAGCACCGACAUCAUCGACUGGCUCUCGUCGCAGGACUUGAUAGCGCGCACCGUCGAUCUGCUCGCACCCAACUAUUCGGUGGAUAUCCACAACACCGUGUCCGAGCUUCUCAAGGCCAUGAUCGCGCUAUCGGCACCCUCCCCCGCCGCGCUCAACCAGGGUCAGGGCCAGGAGCUCGGCGCCGGCCUCGGCGAGCAGCAGGAGAACGCGGGAGGCAUCAACAACCGCCUCGUGCGCGAACUGGCAAGCGAGCCCAUCGUCCGCAAGAUGGUCGGCUACAUGCUCGAUUCGCAGCUGCCUCGACAGCUCCAUCGCCGCCUCACCGACGUAGCCGACGAACAGCUGUCGCAGCUCUCUGUGCAGGAUCUGCGCAAGCCCUCGCAACGUCGCGACGCCUCGCUAUCGACGCUCCAGGAGGACGUCGUGUCGUCUUCUGCCGUGGUCGACGACGAGGACGAGGACGACGAAUCCUUCGCCCGCCCUUUGAAUCCGCGCGAGUUCCCCGCUUCCGAGUCUCGCUCGCCAGGCAGCUACGACCACCGCGGUUCCACUGCCACAGUGCGGCCCGACAAUCUCGUUCCUCCCGUCUCGGCACCCACCGUGCCCAUCACUGCCGAGACGUGCAGCUCGACGCUGGUGACUUGCAUCGGCGUCUUUAUCGAGCUCAUCCGCAAAAACAACAGCGACUACUUUGAGCAGCAUCUGCUUCGCACCUUGCACAACCAUCUCGUCAAGAGGCAGAGCGAGCUCACCGAGAAGCGCCUCCAAAAGCGGGAAGAGGAGGAAGCCGAGAAGGCGGCCGCCACCCAGCAGGAAGCGUCGGGCGACCAGGCCGCGGAGCCGAAGCAGGAUGACGAAGAGUCGGCUCAGAAGAUGAUGGACGCGCUGGACGAAGAAGAGGAGGAUGUGCAGGGCAUGGAAGAGGCCAUGGCCGAGAUUGUCGACAAGAUGGGCCUCGUGCAUUUGGGGCCCAUGCUCCGAGUGCUUUCCGAACGGCUUUCUGACUUCCAGCAGCUGAUCAACGAGCCUCGAGAGCGCGAUGUCACUGUGCCCACUUCGGUUGGUGACGUCGCUCCGCUGACGUUCGAGCGAUACAGGAUCACCGAGCUCUACGCCGAGCUGCUCCACUGCUCCAACAUGGCUCUUCUCAAUCGCGCACCAGGCGAAGGGCCGCAGUAUUCGGCAGACGGCGUGCUCGCGGGCGGUCUGGAAGGCUUACAGACCUUGGCGAGGACGUUGCAAGGAGGAGACGGUCCCGAGGUCGGCGACACAUCGGCUGGCGCUGUCGCCGAGGACGGACAGAGCAGCCUCGGCCACGGUGCUCCCAAGACGGAUGCAUCCGCUAAGGAUGCGGUCGGCGAGUCGUCCACAGCUUUAUUGCAUGCUGGCUCGGGGCACGGUCGGGAGAAGUCGAGCACGGAUGCCUCGACCGAAUCGACCAACGAAGAGGACGACGAGGCGCUGCUCAACGAGGUUUCCCUCGGCGACAAGACCAGCUCUGCUAAUGAGAGUAGCCCGGGCGCUGCCGGCGACUCCUCGCCCCAGGACAGGGACCCAUACAGCAGGAGCCCGAGCAUCACCACGAGCGACGCGCUCGAGGAGGACAAGGCGGAUGCCGCUUCGAUACGUUCCGCCGUCUCGGGUCUGUCGCUCGCCGAACUGACGGCACCCCGACUGUCGGGUCCACCCAGUCCCAUUGACGAUGCCAAGGAGUACGUAGUCGGCGACCUGCUGAAGCGCAAGUUCCUCGAGUGCGGCAUCCUCCCGUCGCUUCUCGAUCUUUUCUUCGAGUAUCCGUGGAACAAUUUCCUGCACAACGUGGUGUACGACAUCCUGCAGCAGUGCUUCAACGGCCGUAUGGACGUCGGCCUCAAUCGCAAGCUCACUGUGGCGGUCUUUGAUCAGGGUCACCUGACCGGACGCAUCGUCGAGGGCCGCAGGCGCAACGAAGACUCGGUAGCGGGACCGCGCCGCAUUCGCCUCGGCUACAUGGGCCACAUGAACCUCAUCGCCGAGGAGACGGUCAAGCUGCUCGAGCGCUAUCCGCUCGAGAUCGCGCGGCCCGUCGAGGCGUACACCGAGCGCGAGGAGUGGCGCCAGGUGGUCUCCGAGACGCUCGAGGAGAUCCGCGAGAAGGAGGGCGGACCGCUGGCGUUCAACCGCGGCCACGAGGGCAUGUCGAUGUCGUUUGGCUCCGGUGCCGACGAUGACGACGAUGACGGCGGCAUCGGAGGGGCGGGCAGCAGCUCGUUCGCCAGCUACCUGUCGUCGCAGAUCGGCGGUGCGGCGGGCUCGGACGACGACGACAGCGACGACGAGGGAUCGUGGCUGUCGAGCGAGAUGAAGCGCGGCGGCCCGGGCGACAAGGAUGGCAGCGGCUUCGACGACGCCUUCGCCCCGCACCACGGAACGGGCGGUGGCAGCGGCGAGCUGGGCGACGAAGACGAGGACGACGACUGGGGCCCCUUUUCGGACGCCAACGCAUCGGGAGGCACGCAGACGUUGGGGUCGACGAGCUCGAAUGCAGCCACCUCGAAUCCGUUUGCCGAGAACCUCACGCCAGCUGAUUGGGCCGCGCAGUUCCGCCGCGAGUACCACGACGAGGAGGGCAGCAGCGCCGUGCAGGGCGCAGACUCGGACGACGACGAAGACGACGACGACACCAACAACGAGGUGGGUGAGGCUGACGGCAGUGCGCAGCCCGACACGCUGAGCUCCAGCCCGCUGUCGCCCAAGGCGCUGGCGGCGAUGGUGGGCGAUGUGGACGUUGUUAGCAAGGCGCAUGCUCGACGCCCGCCGCUGGCUCAGCUGGAAACGGCGGCGCUGGGAGAAGCGGUUGCCGGACAUGGCCGCCGCGGCUCGCUGGGCUCGGCGGGCCCCGAGAUCUCGGAGGUGACGGGGGCCGAGGAUCCGUUAGGCCCGGGCAUCUCGACGACCGUCUCGCAGAACGAGGACGGCAAGCUGCAGCGCACGCUCGCCGACGGCACCACCGUCGUUGUGCCGCUCGACGAUGCCGCGCUGGGCGCUGCGGACACGCUCUCGCCCACCAAAGCGAGCGAGGCCGAGUCGUAG